AUGAAUCUGCUUCGCCAUGCCGUCUCCAAGCAAAAGCGCCGCUUUAUCGACAAGGAGGCCGGCUUGGACCUGGAUCUGGCCUACAUCACGACCUCACUGAUCGCCAUGGGUUACCCGUCAAAGUCUCUCGAGGCUUUCUACCGCAACCCAAUGAGCGACGUCGAAAAGUUCCUCGACUCUCGUCACGAGGGAGCAUACAAGGUCUACAAUCUAUACAAUAUCUCUUCGCCAGAUCCCACCUUUGCUCAGAGAGAUCAUAUUCAGACCAACGGUUUCACGGACGAGGCAGGAAAGGGGCGCACAGGAGUCAUGAUCUGCUCGUUCCUGGUUCACUGUGGAGCGACUGCGGAAGAGGCCAUUCAACUCUAUGGACAAAAGCGGACCCUUGACGGAUGUGGCGUUACUAUUCCGAGUCAGCUCCGAUACAUCCGCUACUACGAGCAGUUUUUGGAAUCCAGGACACUCAACUAUGACCCGCGUCUGCUGGUCCUUCAGGAGCUGGUCAUCGACACGAUACCCAAGCCAUUGCUGAACGUGGAGCUAUCAUCAAAGUAUCUCAUCCUCACCAUUAUGUCUAGCGAUGUCAAAAUCUACGAGUCUGUGCCUCAACACUGCAAAGUAGACAGUCAAAAGCAGCAACUCAGGAUCAGCAUUUCUGACAAGAUUGUGCUUGCAGGCGAUGUCAAGAUGAUGCUUUGCAAUGAGAACGCGCUCUCGCUCACAAAGAACGAAGUUGACAAGGCGUGCAAGGAUAAGCUCCACACGAUAUUCGACAAGGAUUUCGGGAUCAAAGUCCAGUUCUCUCCAGCAUUGGCGCAACAGUCCCCACUCCCCACCUUGGACAGUCUCCCCAACAGAGCCAUUUUGCUCAAGUACAAGAACCAUGAAGGGCCUAACAGCGUUCAGAUCUCGCCACCAUUUUUCUCGACGUUGAAGCUCUCGCCGGCAAGGAAUGGGUCAAGCCGGCCGGCAUUUAAUUUCACGGAUCCGGCUUCUGAGACCGCUACUGCAGCGCCGACGGCGACUUUGACAUCCAUAUGGACAUCCCCUUCUGUUCCUACUUCAGGGAAUGGGUCUGGCCAGGUACAGAACCGUACGCCGCCAUCGUCUUCAGGAUCGACAGGAUCUUUGUCUGCGCCUUGGAGUGCUCCCAAGGUCGCCGCUCCCGUGAUCCGGAGUCCAGUCCUGGUGCACAGUAAGGCACCCUUUAAGCCUGUCUGGGACAAGGACCGUGACCGGGACGAUAACUGGGAUGCAGCCUCUAUCAGCAGCGACUGCUCAGAGUCGGACGCGAACCUAGAGUGGUGGUACACCAAACCACCUCGCCCCUCCCUUCACCCAAACUCUGGAACUGCGGUCACGACUGUCUCGGCCAGUAUAGUCCAGCCCGAGACUACUGUCCGUAUAGACCCAGAGACGAGAACACUAGUACUGGCAGAUUCGCAAGUUGAGACACCUUCUUCGGAUACAGGUGGAUACUAUGCUCGACCGAUCCUUUCGUCGAUCACGAGUAGUUUUGUGGGCGUCGCGACAGGGGGGUUGAUCUCGCCUAGUGCUGCAUACAAGAGUCCACCUCAUUCGGCGUCUUCCCCACUGGCGCGCGAGAUCAAGUUUGAACGCGAGGCUAGUUCCACGCCUCCUCCUCCGCCUCAUUUCGGUGCUGUUGCGCAUUCGGCAUGUUCAUCUUCGCCGAUCCUGUACAAGUCCAAGGCCGAGUCCUGUCAUUCCUCAACAUCCCUGGAAGAAGAGCGCACGGCGCUCAGGAGUCGACGUGGUCCAGCCCCAGGAGUCCACAGACUCCAAGAAGUAUCCAACGAGAAAUGUGAAUUAGUUCUAGGAGGAGUAUACCUAAAUGAUGAGGGACAUCCAAUCGGAGGAGAUGACGACGGUCGAGACUCGGGGGUCGAAAGCCUAGACUCGAGAGAGCAGGAAAAGGAUCGAGGUUGGGUUGAUUCUGUCUCGCGUUGGCUUUGGUAUGCCGAUGGCAAGAAGGCGCCUGAUCUGGGUGGACCCAGAUGCGAAAGGUGUGACGAGUGA